AUGGCUUCAACUCUUGCUAUGGGACUCGGUGUCGCGACCGCGGCAUUUUUGGGUCGCGCGGGUUUCGUUGCUUUCCGUCGCUACAGGGGAGGUGUGAACGCCGCGGGCAAGGCAUUCUACAAGGGAGGGUUUGAACCCCGGAUGAACCGUCGUGAAGCCGCAUUGAUCCUGGAACUUCCGGAACGUACCUUGAACAAGGACAAGGUCCGCAAGAAGCACCGUCAACUGAUGCUUCUUAACCACCCCGAUCGCGGUGGCAGUCCAUACCUGGCAACGAAGAUCAAUGAAGCCAAGGAAUUUCUCGAUAAGCAUACUUAA